CAUUCAUUUGGUUUUUGUCGUUGUCGGUCUCUGUGUAGUUCAUUAAGACAUUUCAAGAAGUGAUAUCGUUUGUAAAAGAAGUGAAAAGGGUAGAUGCGAAUUAUUCCUUAAAUUUUCUAUUAUUUAGUGUAACUAAUUUUUCGGAACUAAGAUGGGAAUUAAAUUUCUCGAAGUUAUUAAACCCUUUUGCAGUAUACUGCCUGAAAUUGCAAAACCAGAACGAAAGAUCCAAUUCAGGGAGAAGGUAUUAUGGACGGCCAUAACAUUGUUCAUUUUCUUGGUGUGUUGUCAAAUACCUCUAUUCGGCAUCAUGAGUUCCGAUUCAGCCGAUCCCUUCUACUGGAUCCGUGUCAUUCUCGCUUCAAACAGAGGAACGUUAAUGGAACUGGGCAUUUCGCCAAUCGUAACAUCCGGUCUGAUUAUGCAACUGUUAGCUGGUGCAAAAAUCAUUGAAGUUGGUGACACGCCGAAAGAUCGUGCGCUGUUCAACGGUGCGCAGAAACUGUUUGGCAUGGUUAUUACCGUGGGCCAAGCUAUUGUCUACGUUAUGACCGGAAUGUAUGGUGAUCCGGCUGAGAUCGGAGCUGGCGUUUGUUUGCUUAUUAUCAUUCAAUUGUUUGUGGCCGGUUUAAUUGUGCUGUUGUUGGAUGAAUUGCUGCAAAAGGGCUAUGGUUUGGGGUCGGGUAUCUCAUUGUUUAUUGCGACGAACAUUUGCGAAACAAUCGUAUGGAAAGCAUUCUCGCCGGCUACCGUUAAUACAGGACGUGGUACUGAGUUCGAAGGAGCUGUUAUUGCAUUGUUCCAUUUGUUGGCUACACGCCAAGACAAAGUUCGAGGAUUACGGGAAGCGUUUUACCGACAAAAUUUACCGAAUCUUAUGAAUUUAUUGGCAACUGUGCUGGUAUUCGCAGUGGUCAUUUACUUCCAAGGUUUCCGUGUCGAUCUACCAAUUAAAUCUGCACGUUAUCGUGGUCAAUAUAGCAGCUACCCAAUCAAACUGUUCUACACAUCCAAUAUUCCAAUCAUUCUUCAGUCAGCUUUAGUAUCUAAUCUCUACGUCAUAUCUCAGAUGUUAGCCGUUAAAUUCCACGGCAACUUUUUGGUUAACUUGUUGGGCGUGUGGGCUGAUGUCGGAGGUGGCGGCCCAGCACGAUCGUAUCCAAUCGGUGGUCUGUGUUACUAUCUUUCGCCACCAGAAAGUGUCGGACACAUACUCCAAGAUCCAUUCCAUGCUUUGUUGUACAUUAUCUUCAUGCUCGGAUCAUGCGCAUUCUUCUCAAAAACAUGGAUCGACGUUUCGGGAAGCUCAGCUAAAGAUGUGGCCAAACAAUUGAAGGAACAACACAUGGUAAUGCGAGGACAUCGGGAAAAUUCAAUGAUUCACGAACUGAAUCGGUACAUUCCAACUGCAGCCGCAUUUGGAGGUUUGUGUAUCGGUGCAUUGUCUGUGUUGGCUGACUUUAUGGGCGCAAUUGGUAGUGGAACCGGUAUUCUGCUGGCCGUUACAAUCAUCUAUCAAUACUUCGAAAUUUUCGUAAAAGAACAGUCCGAAAUGGGUGGUAUGAGUACGCUGCUGUUUUAGUGAGAUCGCUGAUGAUCGGAUCGUGUUUGAGGAGUGAAUAGAGAGAGAGAGAGAUAAUAUUGGAAAGGUAUCAUUUAAUAAGAAAGAAAACAUUUAAAAUUCAAUGAAAAGAUCAAUCACUAUCCUGUAAAUUGAAAUACAUUCGAUGUGUUUUUCGACUAAUUAAUUCUUUGCAUUGUUGACAAAGAAGAAAGAGACUUUUUUUAAUUUUAUUUUUAAAUUAAAUAAUAAAUUGAAUAAUGAAGAGUGUUUUUGAUUACUAUUAAAAUGGAAGAAGUUAAAAUAGUUUAUUUAUAAUAAAUUCGAGAAAUUUGUAAA